CUCCCAUUCUAAAAAAGUUUUCACUUCAAAAAGUGAACUAAUCUUAUUAGACUUGAAACAACAACCAAUCGUAAGUGAGUAUUUAAAUCCUUUGAUAGGCGCGUGAUCCCCUGCAUUGUGCACUGCAUCUUGUGACGUCACGCAUGGUGACUAUCAAAAAACACGCUUGUUAAUUUUGCGUGUAAGUAUUCUAAUACACAUUACUUUAAUAAAAAUAUUAGAAAGGAGGAAAGAAAGAAAAUCAAUCAAAAGGAAUAAAGACAUUUUUCCAACGUGUUGUUUAGAAUGAAUGAAAAAUUGGUCGACAUCGAGUUAUUAACUUUAUUAAAUGUGUAGAAGAGAGCCGUAUAAUUAUUAUUUUUUUGGUAGUAGAAAACAAUGUAAAUGACAAAAGUAAGAAAAUAAUAUUUGAAAUAAUCUUAUUAUCAAAAUUCAAAGAAGAAAAUCAAAUCUUCUAUUAUGGCUAUCGCAAUAACAUAUUGUCCACCAAAUAUCAGUUUUACUGGUAUUUGGAUUGAACAUGGUAUGUCUAAAUGUUUCAUGGAAACAAUAAGCACAAGCAUCAUUUUUUUGUAUCUGAUGAUACUUGGAACAAUUCAACUAUGGAUGUAUCGCAAAUAUGGAACAGAAAUGGAUCCAAAUGUAUUACCAAGAAGUAGGCUAUACAAUUUACAAAAAUUUUUUCUUUAUCUAGUUCCAUUACUUAGUAUAUUGAGAAUAAUUUUACAAGCAACUAUUUUGGAUGAUAAGAAAAUUUAUGGAUAUAUGAUACUUACAACAGUAUUGACAGUAAUUAUAUAUCCAUAUUCUGUUCAUAUACUAAGAGUAGAAAGAAAUAAGUUAUUACCAAGUGUACCGCCUCGUGGUCAUGGUCUUGUUUUAUUGGGAUUUUGGACUUUGGCACUUGUUGCUGAAAAUGUUGUUUUUGUUAACAUUAGAAAAUCCGAAUGGUGGUUUCAUUUAAAUUCAUUGACGGAUCAAAUUGAAAUGGGCCUAUUUGUUUUACGGUACGUUAGUAACUUAAUGAUCUUUGCUAUUGGACUAAAAGCACCUGGAAUAUUUCCUAAUACAGAUCCAGAAUAUCAUACACUUGACAAUGCUACAACUUCGCAGUCAAGAUAUUAUCAUGAUAGACCCGGGGAUAAUGCUUCUACGUGGAAAAAUGCAUGGUAUAAAAUGAAAGUUUUAGCUCCAUUCCUAUGGCCAAAAUCAGAUAUUUUGCUUCAAUUGAGAGUUAUAUUUUGCUUUGGUUUGCUUAUAUUGGGACGCUUAAUAAACUUAUAUGUACCCAUUUAUAAUGGAAAAAUUGUAGAUAGUUUGAAAGUUGCACCUAAUGAGUUUCGAUGGGAUUUGAUUUUAAUAUACGUUGGUUUUAAAUUUUUACAAGGUGGCGGAACUGGUGGAAUGGGAUUAUUAAAUAACUUGAGAUCAUUUUUAUGGAUUCGUGUUCAACAAUUUACUACCCGAGAAGUGGAGCUUGAAUUAUUCAAACAUUUGCAUGGAUUAAGUUUACGUUGGCAUCUUAGUAGAAAAACUGGAGAAGUAUUAAGAGUCAUGGAUCGUGGUACUGAUUCUAUAAAUAACCUUUUAAAUUAUAUUUUAUUUUCAAUAGUACCAACGAUCGUUGAUAUCAUUGUCGCCAUUGUAUUUUUCAUAAGUUCCUUUAACAAAUGGUUUGGCUUAAUCGUCUUUUUGACAAUGAGUCUUUACAUUGCUGCUACCAUUAUGGUCACCGAAUGGCGUGUUAAAUUUCAAAGAAGAAUGAAUUUAGCGGAUAACGCACAAAAAGCACGCAGUGUGGAUAGUUUACUAAACUUUGAAACAGUUAAAUAUUAUGGGGCAGAAUCUUAUGAAGUAGAUUGUUAUAAGAAAGCUAUUUUAGAUUUCCAAGUUGAAGAAUGGAAGUCUAUGAUCACAUUAAACAUCUUAAAUAUUCUGCAAAAUAUCAUUAUUUCUUGUGGUUUAUUAGCUGGUUCUUUACUUUGUCUUCAUAUGGUUGUAGCCGGUACGGGAUUAACGAUUGGUGGUUAUAUUUUGUUUGCGAGUUACAUAAUACAACUUUACGUCCCACUUAAUUGGUUUGGUACUUAUUACAGAGCUAUACAAAAAAAUUUUGUCGAUAUGGAGAAUAUGUUUGAUCUUCUUAAAGAAGAACAAGAAAUAAUAGAUGCUCCCGGUGCUGGAAAAUUAGAAGUUAAACGAGGACAAGUAGAAUUUUCCAACGUCUCGUUUAGCUAUACUCCAGACAGAAUGGUAUUACGAAAUAUUAGUUUCAUUGCACCCGCAGGAAAAAUAAUAGCUUUUGUUGGUCCUUCUGGAGCUGGAAAAUCAACUAUAUUUCGAUUACUAUUCCGUUUUUAUGAUAUAGAAGAAGGUUCUAUAUUAAUAGACGGUCAAAAUGUCAAAACUGUCAAACAAAGCUCGUUGAGAAGUGCUAUAGGUGUCGUACCCCAAGAUACAGUUCUAUUUAACAAUACGAUUAAAUAUAAUAUUCAAUAUGGUCGCAUAGAUGCUCCAGAAGCGGAUAUAAUAGAAUCGGCCAAGAAUGCAGACAUUCACGAUAGAAUUUUAACAUUUCCAAACGGUUACGAAACCCAGGUCGGCGAACGUGGUCUUCGUCUUAGCGGGGGUGAGAAGCAACGAGUUGCUAUAGCACGAACAAUAUUGAAGGCACCUAAAAUAAUUCUUUUAGACGAAGCUACGAGUUCGUUAGAUACUCAUACAGAGCGUAAUAUUCAAACAGCGUUAUAUAGAGUUUGUAAAAAUCGUACAACUAUCAUUAUAGCACAUAGAUUAUCUACGAUAAUACACGCGGAUGAAAUAUUGGUUUUAAAAGAUGGUGAAAUAGUUGAAAGAGGUAGACACGAAGAAUUAAUAUCAUAUAGUGGAGUUUAUCAUUCGAUGUGGCAAGAACAAUUAAAAAAUGACACAGAAAUGAACCAAGGUGAGCCUGUACCUGUUUCAUCUGAAAUUGAACUGAAAGCUUCUUAGAACAAAAAUUGAUUAUUAUGUAUAUAAACUUUUGUUAAUUAUUUAUAAUAGAGAAUUCUUAUUUAUAUGAGAAUGUAAACAGAUAAAAAGACGACUAAAUAAUAUAAGUUUA